AAUUUAUUGCACCAGUUCAGUAGUGCAGCUAAAAAGAACAGACCAAUGAACUUAUGGUUCGUGCCGUUGUUGUCGUUCGGGUUGUCGCAUUGUUUGUUUUAACGCAAUAUAAGAUAGAGAAAUUUACAAGAUUUGAUAUUUUUUUAAUUACUAGAAUAAAUAAAGAAUGCUGGAAUACGUGGAUAGUAUCUUUAUUUUGAGAGGAAAAAAUAAAAAACACAAAGUUGAUUUAUUUCUUAAUAAUUUUUGUUAUUAAACGGUAGAUCUAAAUAUAAUACACGACACAGAAAUAAAAUAUAACGAGAAGUGUUAUUAACAAAAAAUAAAAAAACAAAUAAAAUGGAAGAUCAAAACAAGAAUCUCAUUGCGUUAAAACUAGGAGAUUCACGAUUAAUAGUUAAUAGGAAACAGCUGAUUAGUAAAAGUCAAUAUUUUGCCUUGCUUCUUUCUGAAAGCUACAUUGACCAUCUUCAGCAGGAACAUAUAAUCAAUUAUGAUAUUUCUGUCUCGACAUUAAAGGACUAUAUUAAUUGGAUUCACGAUGAAAACUUCUGUUUGGAAUUUGAUUCUGUAUACAGAACAUGCCUGGAGAAAUUCUACUAUGAAAAGCCUCAAGAUCAUAAUAGCAAAAUCUUCCUCUAUUGUUGGGAUGGUAACAAUUUCUUCAAACAUUCCACAUUAGUAUACCCUAAACAAAUUACUGAUGAACCACAAGCAUUAAUAGGAAUGCAAUUUAUUGGCAGAAGACAUAAUUUAUACAUUUGUGGUGGUGAACAUGGUCUGGGCAAAGGAAAGUUUAACCAGAGAAUUUGGCGUUAUUCCCUUAUAUCUAAAAAAUGGUUUAUUGAUACACCUAUGCCGAUUCCGAGAAGACACAUGAUUACUGUAUUUUUCAAAGACAAAUUAUAUCUUGUUGGUGGUGUAGGACGAUAUAGGAAACAGCUAAAGAGUAUCGGUAUUUAUAAUAUACAUUCGCGUAUUUGGACUAUGGGUGCAUAUAUACCUGAAAGUUUUACUAAGAUCCCCGAAUAUUGUGUCAGUGAUGACAAAUUAAUUAUAUAUAUGUCCCAGCCUCAUCUUUUUAUAUAUUGUAGCAUAGAAAAUUCAUGGAUACAUCUUCAGCUAUCUUGCAAUGAUCUAUCUAAGGAAGUAAUAUUGAUGGGCUUUAAUGAGACUAUAUGUUUUAUUGAUGUUACAAAUAAAGAUGUCACAGACAAUGUAGUUAUCAGAUAUAUAAAAUAUGAGACAAAUGAUAAAAUAUGUAAAAGUGACACUAAUUACACAUGUGAGGAGAGAUAUGUCAAUUCCGGGCCUGAUCUGGAAAAUACAAAUGUUUACAGCCUGAAAUACCUAAAAACAUUUAUCAUAGACUUUAAAGGUAAUAAUAAUAAAUAUGUGUGGUUCUGUCACAAAAGUUCUUUAUGUUCUUUAAGUUUUGAUACCAUAUGUACAAAUUUUCACAUACAUACUUCCCCUUUACAUGAAUCUAUAAAAUUUGAUUUGCUAUUCUCUUCCUUUUCUUCAAUUACAAGAAAGUUUUUUAACAUACUGGAUCCAGCUGAUUUAUAUUCCGGGUCAGAAACUAUCACAUAACAAUCUUCUUUCACAUUAUUGUGAUCUACUUGAAGUUCUAGCAAAUAUGAAGUCAUCAAAUAAUCGUUCAUCUUAUUAUCGUUUACAACUAUGGAAGAGAGAGAGAGAAGGGGAGAGAAUAAUUAUUUGAAUAAUUAUCUAUAUAGCAAUAAUUAAUUACUGGCAAUAAUUAAUUACUGAAAUCUAUGAAACUUACUGAUUAUAUCAUAUCGAUGACUUGUUGAAGAAUCAAUUUAUAUCCGCAUAACUCAAUAUGUAUAGAUAUACAGAUUAUUGUGAAAUAAUUGCGUAUAUAAUAUAUCAAUAACUAAAAUGUUUGCAAUAUGGCAGCAGAUUUUAUUAAAAUAUUAUGAUAAAUUUGACGACAACUUAAUUCAUAUUAAGUUUAUGUUCUUCCUAAUCAGAGUUUUCUGAUACAACCUAACAAUAAAUUAAUGGCAAAGAUUGAAUAAAGAAUAGAGAAAUAAAAUAUAGCCUGCACUAUAUUUUAUUAAGAUACACUUGAAUGAUUAUAAAAUAGUAAAUCCUUUUUGUUAUUAGUUUAUCGUCACAUUUCUUUUUAAUAGGUCUUUUAAUAUAUAUAUAUUCCUGUUAGCUAUCUAUUAUAAACUAUCAUUCAAGUUUGUAACGGACACUUGACAAAAUCCGUCUUGAUAAAUUUUGACUGUCCAGGUAUUUAAUGAUUGUACACAUAAAUUUUCCUACACACACACACACACACACACACACACAUUAAUGCAUUUCUAUAAUAUGCUGUAUGUUUUUAGUAAAGUGACUUUUUUAUGCGAA